AUGUUCUAAUAAAUUUCAGAAAAUAUAACUGAAUAAAGUAAAACGCAGAAAUAGCUAUCAAAUUAUUUAUCAAAGAUAUCACUUCAAUAUAUUCAUAAUUCAAGAGAAUCUGAUUGGCCACAAAAAUUGAAAUAAUUGUAUCAAAAACAUUUGACAGGUGAAAUUACUAAUGAAUUAUGCAGAUAAAAUCAAUUCUUAGUCAAAUAUUCCCAAAAAACGAUAAGAAGUUUAAAAAACUUUUAUUGUGGAGAGAUUAAGAAAUCUACUAGAAAACCUAGGAAAAUAUGCAUCUUUUAAAACAUUUGA